AUGACAAGUUUGAAGCGUUCCUACGCUGCAGACAGUGCUGCGCCGAACCUGUCGAGCAAGGUCUAUAUCCGCUCCACUAAGAGUGGCAAGGUUCAGAAAAUUGUUCGCGAGCUAUACUUGCGCGAAGACAUUCCUUGCUCGUCAAGACUAUGUGCUCACUGUCUCGAGAUUGCUCCUACUGACUACCAUAACAAGGUUGCUCCGUUUGUGCUUUCCGAGACUCCUGCUGGAACAAAAUCCUUCCACAAUGGCCACUACAUAAUCCCUGAUACAAACGCUUUCCUUUCGGGAAUGGAUCUUUUCGAACUGGAAACCGCUUUUCACGAUGUUAUUGUUUUGCAAACAGUUCUGGAGGAAGUCAAGAACCGCUCUCUUCCGCUUUACCACCGCCUCAUCAGCUUGACCAAGAACGACGGCAAGCGCUUUUACGUCUUUUUCAACGACUUCAGACUGCAGACUUAUGUCGUUCGCGAGGACAAGGAGACGAUCAACGACAGAAACGAUCGCGCUGUUCGUCGCGCUGUCAAAUGGUAUGCCGACCAUCUCGAGGAAGCUGUUAGCAAGCGUAAAUCCGUCAGAUGCCCCUCGGUCAUCAUGAUCAGUGACGACCGCGACAACCUCCGUAAGGCCAAGAAUGACGGCAUCACUGGUCUCUCAUUGCGCGAUUAUGUUUCUGGACUCGAUGAUUCAGAACGCCUAUUGGAUAUGGUCAGUGCUGGACAGGAACAGAGAGUCGGUAAACAGACAAAGGGUGAGCUGCUUUACCCGGAUUAUCUUUCUGUCUCAAAGAUGAUCACUGGUGUCAAGGCUGGAACUAUGCACCAAGGAACCUUCAACGUAUCACCUUACAACUAUCUGGAAGGAUCAGUCUUCGUUCCCGCAUUCGACAAGCCAUUACUUAUCAUCGGAAGAGAAAACAGCAACAGAGCAAUUUCUGGAGACAUUGUGGUUGUCGAGGUUCUACCCAAGGAUCAGUGGAAGGCUCCUUCAUCAAAAAUUCUGGAAGAAGAAGUUGUAAACAAAAACGACAAUGCCGAUGCAGACGAGGGUGAGGCUGUCAUCACUCAGCAGGAGAAGCGCGCAUUGCAAGAAGAAGUCAAGAAGACGCAUGGAAAGAGCGCCGAAGGAAGGCCGCAACCUACUGCCCGCGUUGUUGGCAUCAUCAAGCGCAACUGGCGACAGUACGUUGGUCAUGUCGACAAAGACUCUGUGAAAUCUUCAACAAAGCAGAGCCGUGCCCAGCAGACCGUCUUUUUGAUUCCUAUGGACAAGCGCAUUCCAAAGGUUCGUAUUCGAACUCGCCAAGCUGGAGAUUUACUAGGCAAGCGUCUGCUUGUUACCAUCGAUGCUUGGGACAGAGAGUCGAGAUAUCCUGUUGGUCACUUCGUUCGUUCUCUUGGAGAGCUUGAGACCAAAGGCGCCGAGACUGAAGCUCUACUGUUGGAGUGGGAUGUACAGUACCGACCAUUCCCCAAGACCGUCCUGGAUUGUUUACCUGCCGAGGGUCACGACUGGAAGGUUCCCGAGAACAUGUCUGAUCCUGGUUGGAACAAGAGAAGAGAUUUGCGUGAUCUGUUAAUCUGCAGUAUCGAUCCCCCUGGUUGUGUUGAUAUCGAUGAUGCUCUACACGCCAGAACGCUACCAAACGGCAAUAUCGAAGUUGGUGUACACAUUGCUGAUGUCUCCAACUUUGUGAAGCCCAACAAUGCUAUGGACCAAGAAGCAAGUUUGCGAGGUACCACUGUUUACCUGGUCGACAAGCGUAUUGACAUGUUGCCCAUGCUGCUCGGUACCGAUCUCUGCUCUCUUAAGCCCUACGUCGAGCGCUUUGCCUUCUCCGUCAUCUGGGAGCUCACACCCGAAGCUGAUAUUGUGCGCGCCGAUUACACCAAGUCGGUCAUCAAGUCAAGGGAAGCUUUUGCCUACGAGCAAGCUCAGAUUCGUGUCGACGACCAGUCUCAGCAAGACGAUCUCACCAACGGCAUCCGAAUGCUCAUGAUGUUGUCAAAGAAGCUAAAGAAGAAGCGUAUGGACGCUGGUGCCUUGAACCUGGCCAGUCCUGAAGUGCGUGUGCAGACCGAGUCGGAGACCGCCGAUCCUGCAGACGUGCAGACCAAGCAACACCUGGACACCAUGUCGUUGGUCGAAGAAUUCAUGCUUCUCGCCAAUACCAGCGUCGCCGCUCGCAUCUACGAAGCCUACCCCCAAACGGCCUUGCUACGUCGUCACGCUGCUCCACCAAAGACAAACUUUGAAGAGCUGUCCAACCAGCUGCGUGUCAAGCGUGGCAUGGAGCUACGAACAGACAGCUCCAAGGCUCUUGCCGACUCGCUAGACACAUGUGUGGACCUAUCAGAGCCCUUCUUCAACACACUCGUUCGCAUCAUGGCUACUCGUUGCAUGAUGUCAGCCGAAUACUUCUGCUCAGGCACCCAAGCAUACCCCGAGUUCCGCCAUUACGGUCUUGCAAGCGAGAUCUACACUCACUUCACAUCCCCCAUCCGUCGCUAUGCCGAUCUGGAAGCGCAUCGCCAACUCGCCGCCGCCAUCGACUAUGAGCCUCUGGAUGCCAGUCUGCUCUCCAAAGCCAAACUCGAAGGCGUCUGCAAGAACAUCAACGUGCGCCAUCGCAAUGCUCAGCAAGCCGGCCGUGCCAGUGUCGAGUACUACGUCGGCCAAGCACUCAAGGGUCGCGUGGUCGAUGAGGACGGCUUCGUCAUGCGCGUCUUCUCCAACGGUAUCGUGGUCUUUGUCCCCAGAUUCGGCAUCGAGGGCUUGAUCCGUCUGCGCGACCUUGCCACCCCCGAACCCGAGAGCGAGUUUGACACUGAAAACUAUGUGCUCAAGAUUAAGGGCGAGGGCAUUGAUAGAAGUGUUGAGCUGUUCGAGAAGGUCAAGGUCAGGAUCUCUGACGAGGCUGAGGAGAGCACGGGAAAGAGAAAGGUCAAGCUGUCGCUCCUGUAG